UGUUGGACCCUAUUCUUCAAAAUAUUUAAUUAAGUUCAUUCAUUCGUUAUUAUAGUUCUACAAUUCGAAGGGGUACCAGCUUUCUCUCUUCAUUCCCAUUUGCGCUUUCUCAUUCAAAUUCUUUCUAUAUUCUCCUCUUUGUUCAUCAUCAAUCAUGCUUUCGUUACGGUUACUUCGCCUUUUCUCUGUUCGUUCUACUUGUUCUAACCAAGCUCCCAUUCUGCAGGAAAGUUAUAAGAUUCUGUUUCAGGGGUGUAAAGAAACUGGCUUUCGAUCAUUAUCUCCAGGUUCGGUGAAAAUGAGUUCAGGAGGAAAGCAGGGGGGCUUCGUUUCGUACCAAAACGUCUUCGUAAUGAGGCACGGGGAGCGUUUGGACAACUUCGAGCCGUCGUGGGUGAUGACGGCGGCGCGGCCGUGGGACCCGCCGCUGGCAGAGGCAGGUAGAAAACGGGCGUUCGAAACGGGUCGGAGGCUCCGGGAGAGUGUCGGGCUUCCGAUCGGGCGAGUCUUCGUUUCGCCGUUCCUCCGCUGCCUCCAGACCGCCGGGGAACUCGUGGCGUCUUUCUCCGAUGAGGGUCGUGGUGGCACCGUCGCCGGCGAUGGUGUUGCCGUUAAGCCUUUCGAAGUCAAGGUCUCUGUUGAGUAUGGAUUGUGUGAAAUGAUGAACAGCAAGGCUAUACGUCCCAAAGUGGCCCCUAAAGAUGGAAAUAUGGGGUUUGAUGUAGCAGUGUGUGAAGCCAUGCUUCCAGCUGAAAUAGUGGAUAAAAAUGUAGAAAGGGUGUAUAAAGAGUUGCCCCAGUGGGAAGAAUCAGUUCUGCAAGCAGGGGCAAGAUAUCAGCAGUUAAUUAAGGACCUUGCAGAUAAAUAUCCUACUGAGAACUUGCUGCUUGUUACACAUGGGGAAGGAGUUCAGGUUGCUGUUUCUUCAUUCAAAAAGGAUGCUGAGGUAAAUGAAGUGGAUUACUGUGGAUAUGUGGAACUUAGACGUCCUAUUUUCAAGAAAGAUCACACAUUUAUCACUGGAGAGUUCGAUUUACUCACUCCUAGUGGUCAAACUGGCGUAAGCUAUUCCCUCCCACGUGCUUUGGAAAAUGACACCAACCAAACAACGCCAUGAUCAAGCAUAUAUACUCGUGAUUCUCAAUUCAAGUUUGUGAGCUUUAUACUUGAGUGGUGUCUCUUUCAAGGUUUUUGAUUAGGUGAAUUGAAAAACAUGUGGUUGGGAUUUAACAUGUAUAGGAACUUUUCAAAUGGAAGAAGGAGAAAAUGAAAGUGAAAAUCUAUGUUCCUGAUUGGGAUGUCAUAACUUAAGAAUAUUUCCAUAGAAAUUUAAUAUAUCCUCUCCUUAACAUGGAGAUGAAAGUCAA